AUGUCUGGGUCCAGGUACCACAACGUCUUGGUCCAGAUACCACAACACAACGUCUGGGUCCAGGUACCACAACGUCUGGGUCCAGGUACCACAAUGUCUGGGUCCAGGUACCACAACGUCUUGGUCCAGAUACCACAACACAACGUCUGGGUCCAGGUACCACAACGUCUGGGUCCAGGUACCACAAUGUCUGGGUCCAGGUACCACAACGUCUGGGUCCAGAUACCACAACACAACGUCUGGGUCCAGUCAUCUGGAGUCGGAUCGCAGCGCCCUGAAGAGGAGGGAGUGGGAGAGGAGGAACAGGAGGUGCAACAGGAUGAAGACCUGUUCUCGACCGGAUUCAACCUGUUUGGGGAACCAUACAAGACUAAUAAAGGUGAUGCGUUGGCCAGUCGCGUCCAGAACACGCUUGGUUCCUACGAGGAAAUGAAAGACCUGUUAACCAGCCACUCCAACCAGAGCCACUUGGUGGGAAUCCCCAAAGGCAGCAACAACCUGCAGACCCCGACCACGUCGACGACGGAGAGGCCCGCCUUGGAGACCCAGCUUUUCAACGAAGCCCUGAGAGGAGGGACAGGUGGUGGAGGAGGAGGAGGAGCAGCAGAGGGAGGCGGGGACAAGAGGAUGGGAAACGCGUCUUCCUCCUCUUCGACUGCCAUGCAGCCGCCCGCCGCGGCUGCGUCGUCAGCCAGCGCCACGGCGACCCCGCAUCCGAGUUCCAAAAUGUCCCGAAGCUCCAUGGACUGGUCGAGGGCCGGCCACGGACAGAGCACCCAGGGGGGCGGCCUCGUUCUGGGGUUGGCGCCGGUCACGGCCGCCACGGGUGGGAGAGGGAAACUGUCUCUAAUGGAGGAACAGCAAAUGCAGCGGCACGACGAGCUGUUCAGCUCGCUCAAAGACGAGCUCGGCCUCAAAGGCGACUCGAGCCCUUCGUCCUCCUCUUCGUCCUCCUCUUCCUCGUCCUCUUCUCGGAGAAGGCACGCAUCACACCCCUCCAAAACCCUUCCUCUUCCAGAUGGCGGCAAUUUCCGAUCUUCCACCGUGGACGGCGGCCAUUUCAAGUCUUCCACUAACGCGGAAAAUGGUGGACAUUUUAAAUCCUCCCCGUUUGAAAACGAGACCAGCUCCCACCUCUCUACAUCCUCCUCCCCGCUGGCUUCCACGUCCGUUCUGACAACGCCCACCCCUGGUCUAACCACUCCCACGUCCGGGCUGACCACGCCCACCUUCCCGCCCGGUAGCCUAUCGGGGAAGCCGAUGGCAAUCCAGCAGAAGCCCACCGCAUACGUUCGCCCGAUGGACGGCCAGGACCAGGUGCCGAGUGACUCGCCCCAGAUGAAACCCCCUCUGGUGCCCACGGAGGGGUUCAACAACAGUCAGGCUUACGGAGGAAACGCCGGGAACGCCAAGAACAAGCUGCCGAAACUGAGCCUCGGCCACACGGGGGAGGUCAGCCUACCAAAUGACUCCAGCUGUGUUGAAGAGAUUUUGCGGGAGAUGACCCAUUCCUGGCCGCCUCCCCUCACAGCCAUACACACGCCCGGGAAGGCCGAUCAGACCAAGUUCCCCAUCCCAAACAAGGAGUCACAGCAUGUGACCUCAGGCUACAACACCCAGAAGCGAUGUACCUUAUCAGCUAACAAGCCUGCUGCGAAACCACAGACUGCACCACAGAAGUCGAUGUUGGAGGAUGACCUGAAGAUCAGCAGCGACGAGGAGGAGGCCGAACAGCAGGUGUCUGACAAGCCCAAAGCCAGAGGCCCCGCCCUAAGUGGAGCAUCAGGGAGCAGCAGUGAAUCAGAGAGCAGCUCGGAGUCGGACACGGACGAAUCAGAGAGCAGCUCCAGUGACAGCGAGUAUAACCAGACCUCCCGCACACACACUCCAGAGCCUGAGCCCCCCUCGGCCAACAAGUGGCAGCUGGACAGCUGGUUGAAUAAGGUCCAAGCUCAAACCAAACCCCUGGUUCCCCCUCAGCCAGAACAUGGCACAGGCUCCAUCACCCAGGGUACGGGGACUUUCUCUCCGAGGAGUGAAGCACCAGGAGUGGGAACGGCCGCCAAGACCAAGCCUUGCGUACCCAACAGCACCCCUGGUCCUGCUGCCCAAACGUUGGAGCACAAGGAAACAAGGGGAGCUUUCUGCCCGGGCAGAGAGAAGGCCAAGGCCAAGCUCAGCCAGAAGGCCUCGGGGGAGGGCCAGAGGUCAAAGGUGAGGAUGUCGCCGGGCCUGUUGUCAGGGCCGGAGGUCACGACCCAGAGGAGGAACACCACAGGGAAGAAACAGCCCAGACGAACGGAGAGGUCAAACAGUGCGGAGGAUGCUCAGAGCCAGACGUGGAGCAGAACCAACCAGCAGAGCCCUGUGGCUAGGGAGAAGGACUUGUUGCCUCCCCCCUCCCUGGAGCUUCAGACCCCCCCGAGGCCACGAAGCAAACCCCCCAGUGGGAAAACAGCCCCCAGGAAAGAACCUCGCAGUGCUACCAACUCAAACAACAGCUCAGUAACUCCACCAGCGGCGCUACAGCAAACCCCCGCGCCAAUACCUGCUGUCAGUGUAAACCAGGACAAGAGGAAACACAGAGGUCCGAGCAGCAAAAUCACGCCCAAGUCCCGCGAAUUCAUCGAGACGGACUCCUCAUCCUCGUCCUCCGAAUGCCACUCGGAUUCGGAGGGAGCCCUCAAAAUUCUUGCGCUGCCGCCGCAGGAGAAGCACUCGGCCAUCAACACGCAGACUCUGUCCCACACCAACGCGCCUCCUCUCCCCCCGUGCCCCGGGUCAGCGGGGGGCCUGGGAACGACGUUCGGCGGGAAGGGGCUCCGAGUCAAAGACGGCGGCAGCGUGACCACCAACGGUAGCAGCAGCAUCAACGGUAGCAUCAGCGGGGGUACCAACGCCCUGAGCAUCGGCAACGUAACUGGUUCCUUUGGCACUUCUGUUCCCGACCCCGGAGGGUUAGGGGGUCAGCGCAAAGACCCGGUGUCCAUGUCGCCGCCUCCCAACGUCAGACACGAGGUGGCUCCGUCCCCCUUGAGGGAAUUCCAGGAGAUCCAGAGUUUAUGGGUGAAAGUUGAGCUAAGUUUACUCGGCAGGGUGCCGGGCCAGGGUUUGGGGGAAAGAUCCAGGACGGGACAGGCCGAAAGGGACGGGAGCGAAGGGAGGGACAGGGAGAGGACAGGGGUGGCCGAGAGGGAGAGACAGAAGCAGGCCGAGAGAGAGUGGCCGGCGCUGCGGGAGAGGCAGAGGCCACCCAAAGGGGAGAAACCGGAGGAAGAAAACGAGCGGCUGGCGCAGGACAGAGAGCGGCAGGGCGACAGGGACCGAUUAACGGAGAGAGAGAGGCCGACGGACAGCCAGGACCGAGACAGGUCGGGGCUCGGGGAGAGGGAGCGGACGGCGGGGAAGGACAGGGAGAAGACGUGCCAAGGUCCGGGGGUCCCGGACAACCCCCCUGCGCAAGAGCAGAGUAAUCCCAGGCUGGCAGGGCGGACGGAGAGCAAACACAGGAGGCAGGCCGCUGGAAACGUGGCGGUCCCAGCGGAGAAACACGCCAACAAGAGCAAGAGGAAACACAAGUCGGACCACAGUGAGUCGUCGGCCAGCGGCAAUAAGAAGCUGCGAUUGGACAAAGACUGUCAGCUGCUCCCGCCCUGCAUCUCUCCGAUACACAACCACAAGAACAGCUCUGCAGAUAGUUCACUAAACAGGAAACAGUCUCGACGGCGUGAAGACAAGCUGCUUCCCCCCCUCCUCUCUCCGCUCUCUGACGAUCCGCCUCCCAAACGAACCUGUGACAGCGGUUCCUCUCUCGGCCAGGAGGGCGUCGCCUCCGGGACGCAGCCCUGCUCCAUCUCGACCUCCUCCUCCACCUCCACCUCCACUUCCUCUUCCUCUUCAUCGCACAGACACAGGAGAGGGGAAGGCAAGGCGUCGGCACCUGCGAGGAACGGCAGUGAAGUCGACCCCCACCGCGGGAAGCCCGGCGGAGACGGUUACCAUGCCAACGGGCAGUCGGACUCUGAGGUGUGGUCGGAACCGCUGACGGAACCCGCAGAACCUCGCAGGCCGCGGCUGGCCUUCAGCGACACAGUCCACAGUGCAGACUACUACAUGCAGGAGGCCAAGAGACUGAAGCACAAGGCCGACGCUCUGACGGACAAGUUUGGUAAAGCGGUGAACUACGCAGACGGCGCCCUCUCCUUCAUAGAGUGUGGGAAUGCUAUGGAGCGAGAUCCUCUGGAGGCCAAGUCCCCGUACACCAUGUACUCUGAGACUGUGGAGCUGAUCAGGUACGCCAUGAGGUUGAAGAACUUCACCAGCCAAUCGGCCACCGUCGCCGAGAAGAAACUCGCCGUGCUGUGUAACCGCUGUCUAUCUCUGCUGUAUCUGAGGAUGUUCCAUUUGAAGAAAGAUCACGCUGUCAAGUACUCGCGGUCGCUCAUGGAGUACUUCAAGAAUUCAGCCAAGAGUUCCCACCAAGCACCCUCUCCCUGGAGGAUCAAUGGGAAGGUUAACGGGACCCCGUCCCCACUCUCGCUCAGCCCCUCCCCAGCCGGCAGUGGAGGGGCUGGGGGUGGAGGUGCCCCGGGCUCGUCAGGAAGUGUGGCCAUUCCUCAGCGCAUCCACCACAUGGCCGCCAGUCACGUGAACAUCACCAACAACAUCCUGCGGAGCUACGAACACUGGGAGACGGCCGACAGGCUGGCCGCCGAUAGCCAAGAGUUCUUCCAGGAGCUGGAUUCGGUGAUGGAGCCGUUGAGUCAGCAGAGCAGCAUGACGGAGCUGGUCCGAUACAUCAGGCAGGGACUGCACUGGCUCCGCUCAGAGGCUCACCUGCUGUGA